AGCAAUGCAUUAUCAUAUAUGUCCUGGAGGAAAUGACGAUUGUGUACGUCCAGAUGAUUAAUCUAAACACACAAGUUAACUUGCGUGCAAAAUUUCUGAACACUGAGAGAGUAGGGAUUCAGUAUAAGAACAAUUUACUGUACAAGAUUGAAAAGAGAGUGGGAAAGACACCGUACGGUAGUUGAAGUCUGGUUGGUGACCAAUUUAUAUACCUCGUGUUUGAAGUAUUCAAGUCAUAACUGCUAUUGCCUUUGCAAGUGAAACGCAUAAAGCUCUAAAAUUAAGUUAAAAGAAUGUAAUUGUAUCAACUGAUCAGAAAAUAAAUUGUGUUGAAAAUUACUCGUCAUGAAGAAAUGGUCUGUGAUAAUUUUUAAUUUAGUGUUUUUAUCAUUAACGUGAUUUGAAAAGUAUUUUUUAAAUUAUUUCACAAACAGGAAUAAUUUUUCAAGUGACAUAGUUUGAAGAUAUUUAAUUCUUACAACGUGAAAAUAAGCAGAGAGAUAUAUUUGAGAUGAUAUAUUUUAUAACCAUGAAGAAGUUUCUAUUUAUACCACUGUUUAUGCUUUUGGCAGUCCAAUUUGCUAAUGCUAAUUUAAGAGUUAGUGUGCAAGAUUUAAGGAUCCUUAUCCAUGAAAAUAAAUCAUUUGAUGUUAUUUUAGAAAAUAGAUUACCUACUACAGUCAAUGUGACUUUUGAUGCUCAACAUGCAGGUUUAGUAAAAAUAAACCCUCCAACAUUCAAUAUCACAGCGAAUGAUUCCAGAUUAAAAUGGAGUAUUACUGUCCUUGCUGUGUCUCCUGGAUAUUCAACAGUCAGUGCCAAUGUAACACCUAAAAAUGUGACUGAUUUUUCUGAAGCCUUUGUGAGAGUGACAGUGGAGAGAUCUCCUGUUUUAUACCUAUUAAGUGAAGUUGUGGGUUGGAUUUACUUCCUAGCUUGGAGUAUAAGUUUUUAUCCACAAAUUUACAUUAAUUGGAAAAGAAAAAGUGUUGUGGGAUUAAACUUUGAUUUUUUGUCGUUAAAUAUUGUAGGGUUUCUUAUGUACUCCCUAUUUAAUUGUGGACUCUAUUGGAUUCCAGAAGUUGAACUUGAGUAUUAUAAAAGAUAUCCAAAAGGAUUGAACCCAGUUCAAGUUAAUGAUAUUUUUUUUGCAAUACAUGCUUUAUGUGCAACUGCCUUCACUAUUGGGCAAUGUUUUGUUUAUGAGACUGGUACGCAAAGAGUCUCAACAACAGCACGCUUUAUCCACUCAUUUUUCCUUAUUUUCAUCAUAGUAUCGAUCUUCCUAGGAAUAUUCCAUGUUAUUGCAUGGCUAGAUUUCCUAUAUUUUUGUAGUUAUAUUAAACUUGCUAUUACGCUAAUCAAAUAUAUUCCACAAGCUUAUUACAACUAUAAAAGACAAUCGACAGUUGGAUGGAGUAUCGGGAACAUAUUUUUAGAUUUCACUGGUGGAAUUUUAUCUAUGCUUCAAAUGAUUCUCAAUGCAUAUAAUUACGAUGAUUGGGAAAGUAUUUUUGGAGAUCCGACGAAAUUCGGAUUGGGAUUUUUUUCAGUAGCUUUUGAUGUGUUCUUCAUUUUCCAGCACUAUGUGCUAUACAGGCAUGAAUCUGAUUUACUAAAAUCUAAUACAUUCGUUGAGGUGUUAACAUGAAAAUUAAUUCAAUAAAUACGAAUGAUCAAGUAGGGAGCUAGACAAGCUGGCUUUUUAAUUUUUCAGGCUUCAAAGUGGAAAUAUGAUUGAUCUUAAAGGGCGAAUAUAAACUGAAUUCCAGUUAUUCAAUGAAAAUACGCAUUUUUGUAGAAUUUGUAGAAGAAUCAUUGUAACGAAUCAUGUUUGUACUGAGUGUUACAUUUCCUCACCAAUCAAUUCAUUCUGGUAGUAAGAAAUGUUUUUUAAUCAAACAUAAAAUAUUUUAAUUAAAAAUGAAUGUAAAAAUCUAGUCAAAGCAUUGUACAAUAUUUUUACUUGUUUAGAAUUUUAUAUAUUUAUUUACAAUAAGAUUCAAUAUAGGCAUGAUGCAUGAUAUAUACAGACAGCAAUAAAUUUGUAUAAUAUAUAAAUGCAUGAACGAAAUAUAAUUAAUUGAGAUAUUUCAUAUUUCAUUUUGUUUGUUAAUAAAGCUUUAAAUUACAAAAUGAAUUA